AUGGGAAAUUGUGUUUCAGCAUGCUCGGGGGGAGAUAAUGCUAGUGCCUAAGCUACUCCAAGAAACCUUCAACUUAUGAAUAGUUAAAAGGACAGAGAAGAACUUAUAAAUUCCAUUGCGGAACAAGUAAAGAAUAACAAGAAUAUCGAUAUAGUGACAUUCAAAGUAAAGAAAUUAAAUGCAAAGUAACUUUUUGAAGUUGGAAGCUAAACUUUCAAUAAAGAUUUCAACCCUACUCAAACAAUUUUAAAAGAAAUUUCUUCAAAAUUAUCUGAACUAACUAAUAAAACCUUCAUACCCUUUACAUUCUAAAAUGAUAAUGAGGAUCCCAAAUUGUAACUUCGAGUAGUACUAGUUAAUUAAGUAGUAGCUCUAAGAUAUGAAGUUAACUUGGAUCAUAUUAAGUUUGAGAACCUCUGUGAAAAUGUAAGAAUCAAAACAAACAUUCUCUAGAUAAAUCAUGCUGAUUAGCUUACUGAAUAAUUGCAAUCAUUCUUGCAAGAAUUCUAUGAAAAUGAGGGCUUAUUUGUAAUAGGAGGUUAUUAAGAUAUGAAAAAUACAAAUACUUUUCACUUUGUCAUGGUUAAUCCACACAAAGGAAAUAACUUAUAUAGAAAACAAGAUCCAGAUUUCUUUUUGUCUGUUCAUUAAGUAAACGAUAUUGAUGAAAUAAGUAGUUUACUUAGCUCCUAUAAAGACCAAUUCUUGCAAGCCGUCUUGACAAUUAGAAAUAAUUAGUCGGUUGAUAUGCAUUUUGCUGUCUUAAAAGGUUUCGAAUAUGAUGGAUCUACUGAGAAGUAUGGUCAGAUUCAAAUUCAAAAGAUAAAUGAAUCUGAUCUCUCUAGUUUUGAUAUUGAAAAUGGCUAAGUGGUCUAAAAUAUUCAUUUAAUCGGUGAUUAAGCCUUUUUAUUAAGAUUUGGAGGUUAAGCGUUAAGAUAGAGUAUCAAGAAAAUAGUGACUGAUAUUGAAGUGCAACCAGAAUUAAUUAAUCCUAUUUAAUAAAUCUUUGCGGCUAAAAUUACCACAACUGUAGUUGAAGAAGUCAUUAGUCAAAUUCAAAAAGUUGAAGAUUAGGAAUCGCAGGAAAAAUAAACUGUAGAAGAUUAGAUUGUGUAAGAAUUGAUAUUAGAGGAAUAAAUUAACCACGAGGAACAUAUUGAAAUGCCUUAUGUUUAGGACAAGAUAAAAACACCUGAACCUGAGUACAAUGAAAUUGAAUGCGAGGAAAAUGAAGCUCCAAAUUCAUUUAUUUUAGAGUUUUACAAGCCAAGACCAGUACUAAAGGUAAAUCCUAAAGCAGCUGAAGUUACUGAUGCAGUUGUUACAUAGAUUGAUGAUUUCAACAAAAUGCCAUACUUGACUUAUUACACUCACAUUGAUGUGAAAUAUCAGAGUGAAAUUUAGGAUAUUGUUGCUUGCAACUCACCUCCAUCUUUGACAGAUCUCUAAAACUAAGUUAAAUCCUUAUUAGAAUAUGUGGGUAUACACGAGUAAUGGAAAAUUUAUAGAUUUGUCUAGAGGCAAAAGAGUUAAAAGUUCCUCUAUGUUUCCAUAAACUCAGAUUUAAUUGUUAAUUGCUUAUAUGAAGUUCAUUUUUUCAAGAAAUAUAUCAGCUAAUUUGAUCUUUAUCAAAAGUAGUACAUGUUUACUCUAGAUGGAAAGCCAAUUACUUAUGCAGUUAUAGUAGACAGGCCAGUCAUGGAUUUAAAUUCAAUUAGAUAAAUUUGGAAUUCUGAUCUCCAAACUAGAAAAUAAGAGUCACCUUCAGAAGAGAAAAAACUAUAUGUAGGCUUUAAAAUAGUUAAGACUUUGUCAAAUUUAAAAAAUGUUAAUCAUAACAUGAUUCGACCCUCAUCGUUCUUAAUUAAUCCUUAAAAUUACAAUGUUAAGUUAGCAUCAUUUGGUUUUGCAUUAAUAAAAGAUACAGAUCAAAAGUAAAGAGGAUACUUAAAAAAAUAACUGAGUGAUUAGUUUGAAUAAAGGGACAUUGAGGCAUAUAAAAAUGUAAUAAAGAGUAUAGGCAUGAAUCAAAAUUAUGAAAAGCUUCUUAUUGAUUAUAUUGAAUCAGAAAAUGAUGAUAGACUUCAAUAAGAAUAAAUCAUUCAUGAUCAAUUGAUAAAUCAAGUUUAAAGUUUGUUCUAGACUUUUAUCAAAGAUGAGAAAUCAUGCAACUGCUUUAAAGGACUCAUUGAUACUUUGGAAUUACCCUACGAAUAUUAUAGCAUGUAUUAUUUUGAUGAAGAUAAUGUCAUCAACAUGCCUUCACUUACAAUUUUAACCAAUUUUAAAAACCCUCUAAUGAGAGAUAGACUUUGCUAAAAACUAGUCAGCACAUAUCAGUAUAAAGAUAUAUUAGUACAUAUUAGAUAACACAAAGAUAUUCAACUGUUGUUUGCUCUCUUCUAAAAUCUGAUAGCUAAAGGAGAGUUGUAGUUGAUAUUAGAUUUAGAGAUGGAAUUUACUUAACUAAUUAAGAGAGAUAAGUCAACAUUAGCCGGUGAACUAUUAAGAAUAAUGCUUAAUGAUUUUAAAUCAAAAGAGACGCCUUUUAAUCAAGAUAUUUUUAAUAAGCUUGCUAUCAGAGAAAAAGUAUUGUAUCAAUUCAUCUACUCACCAUCACAAUAUGGCAAAUAAAUUAGUGAAACUAUAUUAGAUAUCGACAAUGAUUAAUCUAAAUUCCUCGAUAAUUUAGACUCUAUUAGUAAAAAGGAGAAGUUCUAAUCUUUUAGCCAUGAUAUUCCAAUUUAUUUCUAAAAUAAGUUGCAAAUACUUUAUGGUUAAAAGCAAUAAGACUCAAGAAAAAGUAUUAAUGAUCUGAUUGCUGAAUCAGUAAACAGAUUUAAAGUUAUGAAGUAAUUUAUUUAACUAAUGCUUUUCCAUCAACAAGCAGUUAGCAUUGAUUAGUAUGAAGCUUCUUCAGAAUUGACAUUUCUAGCAAUACAUAGAUUUGGACUUGAUCUAUUUUAGGCAAACACAAAACUUAAGGAAGAUUUCAAGUCAUUUUUCGCUUCAUUAUUGGAAUAGGUUUUGAAUAAUCAAGGAAUGUAAGACGUUUUAGCAUAUUUCUCCUAAGUCGAAGAUUUCAAUGAAUUCUCUUAGUAAAAGGAAUAUUUUCACUGCUGUUUCUCAAGACUUAAUAUAAUCCUUAGUGCAAUAAUGAAAGAUAUCUAAUCUUACGGUGAAGAAAGAAUUUCAAUGAGCUAUAAACCAUUCUUUGAAAAGGAUAACUACCUAUUGUUUGUAACUCUUCAAACUAGAGGUGAUGACACAAUUGAGUUCGCUGAAUAUCUUGCUAUAAUUACUGGACUAAAAGAGGAUGAUGGUGGGAAGCUAAUGGAAUAUCAAACAAGAUUUGCUCAGUGA